UGAGGGGCCCCGGCAGAGCGGGGGGAGGGGCUGCCCUGCCCCUGGCAGGUUCAUCAGCGCCCUAGAAACCUGCGUCUGCUCCCCAUGUAUUGGGGGGGCUGCCCGGGGAGCGGGGGUUGUGGAGCGGAGGGCACGUGUCACCGCAGGGCCUAGGAUGUGGGGGCUGGAGUUUGGGGGGGCCACGUGUCACCCCAGGGGGUGCGUUGUGUGGGGGAUGGAGUUUGUGAGGUGGCAUGUGUAACCCCAGGGGUUGGGGAGCAGGGGAUGGUGAAUUUGCGGUGGAGAGUUGUUGGCCCCGCCAGGAGCCCCUUAAUUGCCAGCCAUGUUCUCAGAACAGGCAGCUCGCACCGCCCAGGGCCUGCUGACGCCACCAUCAGCAGAGGCCUCCACGUUUGCCAGAGUGCCUGUCUCCACAUACAUGAACUGCUCCCAGCACUUCAGGCUCGGGGAGCGCAGCUUUAAUCGCCAGUAUGCGCACAUCUACGCCACUCGCCUUAUUCAGAUGAGACCUCUGUUGCUGGAGAGAGCCCGGCAGAAAUGGGGCAGCGGUAUAGCCGUGAGGAAGCUGUGUGAGCUGCAGACCGCAGAGAAGUGCUGCAUAGUGGGAACCCUCUUCAAGUCCAUGCAGCUGCAGCCCUCCAUCCUCCGGGAGAUCAGUGAGGAGCACAACCUGCUGCCGCAGCCUUCCCGCACCAAAUACAUCCACCAGUCGGACGAACUGAUCCUGGAGGAUGAGCUGCAGCGGAUCAAGCUGGAGGGAGCUAUCGACAUUCAGAAGCUGGUGACAGGGACCAUCCUCGCCCUCUACGGCUCGGAGAGGGAGGAUGGCAGGUUCGUGGUGGAAGAUCACUGCUUUGCCGACCUGCCCCAGCAGCUGCCCCGGAGAGGGCCCAGCACGGACAGGUUUGUCUUGCUGGUGUCAGGCCUGGGCCUCGGCGGCGGGAGCGGUGAGAGUUUCCUGGGCAUGCAGCUGCUCGUGGACGUGGUGACGGGGCAGUUGGGGGCUGAGGGCGAGCAGAGCUGCGCGGCACAGAUCUCCCGGGUCAUUCUGGCAGGCAACCUGCUCAGCCAGAACACGCAGAACAAAGACACCAUCAACAAGGCAAAGUACCUAACCAAGAAGACCCAGGCUGCCAGUGUGGAGGCGGUGAAGAUGCUGGACGAGAUCCUGCUGCAGCUCAGUACUUCUGUGCCAGUGGACGUCAUGCCCGGCGAGUUUGACCCCACUAACUACACGCUGCCCCAGCAGCCACUACAUCACUGUAUGUUCCCCCUGGCGGGUGCCUACUCCACACUGCAGCUGGUCACCAACCCCUACCAGGCUGACAUCGACGGGGUCCGGUUUCUGGGCACAUCUGGCCAGAACGUCAAUGACAUCUUCAAAUACAGUAGCAUGGAGGACUACCUGGAGAUCCUGGAGUGGACGCUGCGUGUCGGGCAUCUCAGCCCCACGGCCCCAGACACCCUUGGCUGCUACCCUUUCUACAAGACUGACCCCUUCAUCUUCACUGACUGCCCUCACGUCUACUUCUGCGGGAACGCGCCAAGCUUCCGAUCCAAGGAGCUCACAGGGGUGGAUGGGCAGCAGGUGCUGCUGGUGACCAUUCCCGACUUCAGCGCCACCCAGACAGCCUGCCUUAUCAACCUGCGCAACCUGACCUGCCAGCCAAUCAGCUUCUCCGGCUUCAGCACCGAUGAGGAUGAGGGCGAGAUGGAGAUCAGCCACUGAGCCAGGGCGGGGCAGAGCCGGGCUGCCCACUGGGAGGCCGGGGGAGAUGCCAACCUGCUCCCAUCAGGGCACAAAUGGACCCAAAUAAAAAUACCUCUCCCCUC